CCGUGAAAGAGAUGGAAAUAUCCCAACCUGGCAACCAUAAUGGAAUCGAGCUAGCUGGCUCUGAAGCAUUACUGUAUCUGUUAGCGCGUUUUAUUUACCAUUUAAACAUCUAUAUGCUGGUCCUUCAGUUCUCAUUUGUCAAGGGCUUUGCAGCCAGAGCCAUGUGUGUGCCGCCCUGGACGAUCCAGCUGGGUUUGACAUGGCUGUUGUUGCUGUGCUUCACGCCACGGUGCAGCUCGAGGCCCGAUCCGCACCAACGAGAGGCUUUGAUAAACAUGGAGAAUAGCAGAGAGAUCGGCGGUAGUGUGGUGCUGAACAAGAAAGAAAAGCUCCUUGAUGAUAAACUAUACCAGAUGAAGUGGCAGGAAAUGGCAGCGCCAGACUUCCCCCCUGCCAUGCACUUCUUUAAAGCAAAGUCUCUGAUCGAUGCAAGUCCAGUCUUCAGCUUUCUGCAGAAGAUGCCGAAGGGUGCAGCUCUGCACGUGCACGAUUUUGCCAUGGUGGGCGUUGAAUGGCUGGUGAAGAACGUGACCUACAGGGAGAACUGCUACAUGUGCUUUACCGAUGAUGGCUCUGUGCGCUUUGUGUUUUCCUCUGAGCAGCCCAAAGCAGUGCCUUCCUGCUCCACAUGGGCUCUGCUCAAAACCAUGAGGGAGACGCACAACACCACUGAGCUGGACAACAGCUUUAUUCGAAACCUGACGCUGGUUACUGAGGAUCCAGACAGCGAGUACCCUAACCAAGACGUCAUCUGGAAGAGGUUUGAACAAGCGUUCUUGGUGGCCUACGGGCUGGUCACGUAUGCUCCGGUCUUUAAGGACUAUCUUUACGAAGGUUUCAGGCAGUUCUACAUGGACAACAUCAUGUAUGUGGAAAUCCGAGCUCUUCUGCCGCUGACGUAUGAGCUCGACGGCAGAAAGAACAGUAGGGACUGGAGCAUGAGGGCUUGUCGGGAGGUGCUCCAACGCUUCACGGCUCAGUAUCCGGACUUCUUAGGAGCCCGAAUAAUUUUCACCGUCCACAGAGGCUUGAAUUCGACACAAGCUGUAGAGGUGGUAGAGGAGGCCAUUAGGCUGCAGAGGAACUUUCCAGACAUCAUGGCAGGCUUUGACUUCGUGGGUCGUGAAGACAGUGGAAAUCCUCUGUGGUACUUUAAUGAGGCUUUGGGGCUGCCGGAGGAGCUCGGCGUCCAUCUGCCCUACUUCUUCCAUGCAGGAGAGACUGAUUCAGAGGGCACAGCAGUGGAUCAGAACAUGAUGGACGCUCUGCUCUUCAACACAUCCCGGAUCGGACACGGCUUUGCGAUAGCACGUCACCCCGUGAUCAAAGAGCUCUCCAGGAAGAUGGAUGUAGCAGUGGAGGUUUGCCCCAUCUCUAAUCAGGUCCUGAAGCUGAUUUCAGACCUGCGAAACCAUCCCGCGGCUGUACUAAUGGCAGAGGGCCAUCCCAUGGUGAUCAGCUCCGACGACCCGGCUCUGUUCGGAGCCACUGGUCUCUCAUAUGACUUCUACCAGGCUUUCGUCGGCUUCGGUGGAAUGAAAUCGAAUUUAGCUACACUGAAAGAGCUCGUGUUAAACUCUCUGAGGUACAGCUCCUUGUCUCCCACGCAGAAGGAAAAAGCCAUUGCAUCUUUACUAGUGAAGUGGGACAAGUUCGUCUCUGAGUCUUUGCUGUAAACCUGCUGGAGAAACUGACAAACUCUUCAUUUUAUCACGUGCAUUUUUAUACACGCAAGUGGAAAAAGUUCAAACUGCACUUCCGUGUUACUCCAUCCAUCAGUAUUGAGUUUACUGAAAGAUGGACCAUUUGAUGCUAUUGAUGACAUGCGUUUUAUUUCUACAUUUUUUUUUUCAGCUGAGUGUUUAAUAGUUGUGUCCUGCUGUUGAAGGUGAAAGCUUACCUGGAGCCAAGUGUAUGGCUCCAUUAAGACUUCUGAGUGCAUAGAUUGCCCUCUGCUGGACAAAAUCAUUUAUUGCCCUCAAGCGCUGCCACAUUUCUCUCCACUACAACAUGAGGACUUGAAUUUUUCAUCUCAGGUGAAUUUCAGUAGUGAGAAGAAAAGUGACAGAUAAUAACCAAGCACUUGGUCACUAUUGUACUACUUGGUUACUUUUGCAUUUAUUUCAGAACCUAUGAAGCUAAUUUUAUCUAGUUUUACAAACAUGCAAGUACUUUUACAUAAUAUGUGUAAACUAUGCUGCAGGCGUAUAACUGAUUUUGAUUCUGUUUAACUGUUUAGAGACAAUAUACUGUUAUUUUUUAACUUUAGGCUAAAAGUAAGUGUCAGGAUAAUGUAAGAAAUAAAUUGGGUCAAAUCAUGUUCAGAUAUAUUAAGUAAGGAAUAAAACACGUGGGGGUGUGCUGUUGUAGGAAAACGAUCAACGAUGCGGCCCGAGGCGAGGCAGAGAUACUGCUCCCACCUCAGAGUUGAUUAUUUUCCUAUAACAGCAUGUUCUGUAGUGUUUUAUUCCUCUUAUCCCACAGCAAUUUGACAAUGCUGACGAUUUUUAUUUAUUAAAGAACAACAUACAUUUUAUCUGUUUAUAGUUACACUUAAUAUUGAGGAAACUGUUAAUGUUUGGAAAAUGUUGUCCAAAAACAAUUUUGUUCCGGUUAUCAGUUACGUUAUAGCAGCUAUAAACAGUCGCUUCCUUACCAGACUCUCUUUUUUUUCUCACUAUUGAAAGUAAUAAGACAAAGAACUUGCUUCUUGUCAUGUUACUGAGAAAGCGUCAAUCCCUGCAUGAGUACAAUGAAAGUUAUAACUUGACCUGUAACUGUUACAAAGUACUGACACUGGAGGCUCAUUCCAUAAAUGUUACAUAAACGUCUCCUCACAGGAAACUUCACCAGAACAACGUUUGUAUGUUGUAUUUUUUUUUUUUAAAUGACAACACUUUUAAAAGUGAUGCACUUUUUAAAAAACAAGUAUCGGCUUAAAUAUAGGCUUAAAUUAUAUCAACAUCAGCUAUUCAAGUCCCUGUGAAUUAACUGUUACUAUAGAAAUGAUAACAUAUUAGUGUUUAAAGUGCUUUAAUAUAAACCUGUGAUUUUCAGCUGCACUACUGUCAGAGCUGCUGUUAGAGAAAAUGAGUUAACACCUUCUGACCAAUCAGAAUCAAGCAUUCAUCAGCACAUCCUGGAGAAAACUACCAGAUAUAAUCUUAUCUGUGAAGGUUUAGAUCUAUAUUUUACUUUUAACCACUUCGUAUUUAUAUAGCUCUUUUGUGUGUGUGUGUGUGUGUGUGUGUGUGUGUGUGUGUGUAUGUGUGUGUGUGUUGCUUUUCAUUAAUUACUUAAUCAUAAUAGAUGAGCAAGUUUGUGAAUGUUGUAAUCUCAGGGACACUGAAGAGACACUAAGUGCUUUAAGCUGCCUAUCUGAUCAUUCACUUUUAUUCUAAUAAUAAAUGACGUCCUAAUGAGAUCGCAUGGAUUUGCUAGAAUUUAUGUCGUUUAUUUGCUACAAAUUAUUUGCUACAAUUUAAAUGCAACUACAGUAAGUGUAGUGGGACAACAAGGAAUGUUGUGUUUAUGUAACAAUGGUUUAAUAUGUUUGUGAAAUGGUUUAAAGUUUUAAAAUGGUGUAAUUGUUGUAUUCAGUAGAAAUAAAGGAGCAUUAAAGGAGUA